GACUUGGAGGGAGGGAGGCUCAGUCCCGCCUGCUGGGAGGUGGAGAUGGGGAUUGCCCCAUGUAAUGAUCUAUGCCGCCUAGACAGUGCUAGCGAUCAGAAGGCGUCCGGGGACUUCUGGGAGCGGCUUUCGGGACGGGAGCUGGAAGGAAAGAGAUUCAACCGCCGCCUGAUCUUCCCAUCUCUCUCCGGGGACUGUUGCUGCGCGCGAUACGGAGAAGAACACCUAAAGGGCUCAAUGUCAGUAACGGUCCAUGUGCACAGCUGAUGCUACGAGGCCAAUUCUGAAGUCAGUGGACGAGGACAGGGGACGACAAGAAGCGCAGGGGAGUUGAAAGAGCCCUGAGCUGCGGAAACCUUCAUUCUGCCCGAAGCCAGAGGCCAUUGCGAAAUCUCGCAGCAGGUGCAGCAGCUAAGAGACCUUCCCUCCUCGCGCCGCUGCCACCGCAGCGGACUUGAAAGAAAAGAUAACGAGAACGCGCGCCGAGAACAUCUAUUUCAUUUAAAGAGGACGAGAAAAUCCCAACAUCGCCGCGGGAACAGAAGAAAAAGAAUUCUAGCUGCAGAAACACACCCAACGCUUGGGAAGCAGCUUUUGAUCCCAGCUAUGAAGUCUUACGUUCCAUUUUUCAUUCUCCUGUGGAGUGCUGUUGGAAUUUCAAAGGCUGCCAAAAUCGUUAUUGUGCCGCCAGUUUUGUUUGAAAGCCAUCUAUAUAUUUUCAAGACCCUGGCUUCAGCCUUGUAUGAACAAGGCCACCAGACUGUUUUCCUUCUGUCUGAGGGCAGAGAAAUCCCUCCAUCCAGUCAUUACAGACUGCAGCGAUACCCAGGGCUCUUUAAUACAACCACCUCAGAUGAAUUUCUUCAUUCCAAAAUGAGGAGUAUCUUUUCUGGGAGACUAACAGCCUUGGAGCUGUUUGAUAUUGUGGAUCACUAUUGCAAGAAUUGUGACAUGAUUGUGGGCAACAAGAAGCUCCUGCAUGCCCUGAAACAGGAAAAAUUUGACCUGCUACUAGUAGAUCCUAACGAGAUGUGUGGAUUUGUUAUUGCUCAUCUUUUAGGAAUUAAAUAUGCUGUUUUUUCCACUGGCCUUUGGUAUCCAGCAGAAGUAAGUGCACCUGCACCUUUAGCAUAUGUCCCUGAAUUUAAUUCACUUCUCACAGACCAUAUGAACUUCCUAGAAAGAUUUAAGAACACUAUUGUUUAUCUGGUUUCAAGAUUUGGAGUUUACUUUUUGGUUCUGCCAAAAUAUGAAAGGAUAAUGCAGAAGUAUAAUGUACAGCCAGCAAGGUCCAUGUAUGAAUUGGUUCAUGAAUCCAGCCUGUGGAUGUUAUGUACUGAUGUAGCACUAGAAUUUCCAAGACCUACACUACCAAAUGUUGUUUACGUGGGAGGAAUCCUGACCAAACCAGCCAGUCCUCUACCAGAAGAUCUCCAAACAUGGGUGAAUGGUGCUAAUGAAAAUGGCUUUGUUCUUGUAUCAUUUGGAGCUGGAGUGAAAUACUUACCUGAAGAUAUAGCAAAUAAAUUGGCAAAUGCUUUGGCUAGUCUUCCUCAAAGAGUGAUUUGGAGAUUUUCAGGUAAAAAACCUAGGAAUUUAGGUAACAAUACAAAACUCGUAGAAUGGCUACCACAAAAUGACUUAUUAGGUCACUCUAAUAUUAAAGCCUUCCUUAGUCAUGGUGGUCUGAACAGCAUUUUUGAAACCAUGUACCAUGGUGUACCUGUGGUGGGAAUCCCUCUUUUUGGAGACCAUUAUGACACCAUGACUCGAGUGCAGGCCAAAGGCAUGGGUAUACAACUAAACUGGAAGACUUUUACUGAGGAUGAAUUAUAUAAUGCACUGGUGAAAGUUAUUAAUGAUCCCAGCUAUAGGCGACAUGCCCGGAAGCUGUCUGAAAUUCAUAAAGACCAACCAGACCAUCCUGUUGAUCGAACAGUCUACUGGAUUAAUUACAUCCUUCGUCACAAUGGAGCACAGCAUCUACGUGCUGCAGUUUAUACUGUCUCUUUUUAUCAGUAUUUCUUAUUGGAUAUUGCCUUUGUUGUGCUGCUUGGUACUGCCUUACUCUGCUACAUUUUGUCCAGGAUAGGAAAAUUUAUUUGCAAGCAAAGCAAACAUCUUUGGUCCACUGAUGAACGUGUUGCUGUUAAUGGACAUUACCAAAAUGGGAUACCAAAUGGCAAGUAUAGAAGAAAUGGUCACAUUAAACAUGAAAAAAAGGUGAAAUGAGCCAACUACUCAGUGUACAUUAGCAACCAAUCAAUACCAUAAUUAAAUUUUAUAGCUGUAACAGUCUAACACCUACUUAAAGUAAAAUAAUAAACAGUUCUAAUGCUCCCCUACA